GAAAAAAAGUCCUGUAACCAAACAAGCCGUAAAGUGGUGCGGAGCUUGAGCGCGAGGACGGGGAUGAGCACGGCGAAGUGCAAGCAGGAAGAAGAGGUUCGGGGUCCCGAUAUCUUCUCCGGGAACGAUGCCGUCGUUGGCAUCCUUGAGAAGAUGUCCAGCAAUCGCGCCGAGCCCUGCGAUGGGGGGGUGCCGACUGGAAGGAGGACCAACCUGCAGUCCAUCAAUCAGUGCCCUUCCGCCUUGAAGACGGUGGAAGACGAUGGAUCUGAACAGAUUGAGCUCUUCCUCUGUCAAGAACUCGAAGAAAAGGGGAACGUGCCUGACAUCCUCGGAUGUUCCGGCGCCGGCGGAAGCGAAGCCGUCGUCCUGGAGAAGGUAUCCACCGCUAAUCGCGCCGAAUCCGGAACCCCAUGUUCCGGCGGGAACGACGCCGUCGUCGACAUCCUGGAGAAGCAACCCAGUAGGGCCAAUCGCGCCGAAUCCUGCAGCGAGGAGGUGCCCACUGAAAAGGGGGCCAACUUGCGGCCCAUCAAUCAGCGCCGUUCCGCCGAGCAGACGGUGGAAGACGAUGGAUCUAAACAGGGUGAAUCCUUCGCCGACCAGACGAUGCAUGGCUCUUUCCAGUUCAAGGGCUACAACAGAUUCAAUGGGAAAAAGCCUGUGGAGGAGAAAGACUUCAUCGCCUUUGUUGAGCAGAGGGCUGAAACGAAUUUGGAUCCAGCUUCUGCUGGUUUGGAUAAUGAGCGUGCCCCCGGUAGUUCUUGCGAGAUGAAGCCUGUGGCAAGUCACUGCACUUGUCUACAUAAGAAACAUGAGGCAAGCUCUUCUGAUAGCUCAAGGAUUGAGCACCACAUGUCACCUAUCCCUGAGGGUUUCACCAGGAAACAGGACAAAGCAGGGAGAGUGGAAAGCUGGGCAAUCUUACGUUUUUCAGAUAUUAGUGCUAAUCAUACGAUCAGAUUUAAAUACGAAGUAAGAAAUGCAUGUGCAGAAAUUCAGCUGGACAUUAAAGAGAUGCCACUGACAACCAUGCACUUGGGCUGCGCACUUCCUGAUGGAAUAGAAGACUCUUUGUGGGAUGCGUACAAAUUCAUCAAUACAGGCAUUCCCAGGGGCAAACAGCUUGGACUUUUGAUUAUAGUUCUGCCAUAUGUCAGAGAUUUUGAUGAGAAAGUGGAAACGAUAUGUAAGCACCUUGGAGUUGUAUAUCAUUGUUGUUUCCCUGAGGAUGUUAUUGAGCUAAGCAAGCAAUAUCUAAACAAUAUUGCACAUGCCAUAAAAGCCAAGGUUCUUGAGCGCAAUAGCUGUUGUGAUUAUUGCAAGAACAUUGGAUUAGGUGGUAGCUCAAUAGAAUUUUUUGCCUUGGAUGAGGAGUCGGAUGAUUAUGUCUCCAGUUCCGAUGAGGACAUUUUAUCAGAUAUUGACUCAGAUGAAGUAUAUGGUUUCGACAAUAAAAUGGAGGGAGAUGAUGGCUCUGAACAGUCUGAUGAGUUGCGUGAAAUUGACACUACAAAGAGCCAAGAGAAUUUGAAGCAUCUGAACUGCCUAAUGUUUCUCACGAGCACAUGACAGAAGCUGAUGGACUUAAACAUAACAUCCAACCUCCGUUUGAAGACUUCCUCUGCCCUGAUAAAUGUGACCACCUUCUCAAGUUAGGAUGGGGGUCACAACUGCCGUACAUGAAACCCUAUAACAUCCCUUCGGGUGAGUACUCCAAAUUGUUCGACGAAAAUGGCAACUACAAACUCAGCAACAAGCAUAACAAGGACAUGAAUCUGGCCUCUGCUGUUGAAGGUGCUGUUGUUGACCAUAAGGCUGAAGUGGCUUUCAACAUACCUGAUACCCUUGCAGUGAAUGUGAAUUCUGCAGAGUAUAACACUCUUGAAGAGAGUGGGGAGCCACAACUCGAAAAUUGCAGUGAGAGUAAUGAUUUGGACCUUGUUGAGGUUGAACAAGAAACCACAAUACACUGGGCAUGUAUAAGUUAUUCAAUUAUGGAUCAGAGGCAGUUGCUCAGAUUUUUCACUAGGCUCCGUGCUGUGUUCAUGGCCAAUGGAAUGUAUUUGAAUUCAAUGCCAAUAAAGAUGGAACUGGUGGACUCUGCUAUUACUGCUGAAAGUCUUUCCCAGACUUGGUCGGUUUUGUGCAAAAGUGCCUCAGAACUCUUAACUAGCGUUGGAAUUAAGGGAGCACAGAUAGAAUUUGUACUUGUAAUUCUGCCAGAGUGUAGGGAUUUUGAUGAGGAAGUGGAAAAGGUUUUUAAGAACCUUGGAGUUGUAUAUCAAUUGUGUUUGCCCCUAACUAUUAGAAUCCCAACCAAUGGGCAUCUGAAGAAAUUCGCACGUCAAAUUAAGUUCAAGGUUUCAAAGCAUGGCAUGGUGACACCAUUUGUGUCAGAGGCUCCAACAAUUUUGUUUGGUGCUGACAUCUCACAUUGCGCACCAGAAGAGGGUUCAAGAUCUGUUGCAUCUGUGGUCGCAUCAUUGGACUGGCCAAAAGUCAGUAAGUAUGAAGCUCGAGUCGCUUCUCAACCACAUCAUGAAGUGAUCAUAAGAAAUCUCUUUAAUAGAUAUGGUGGCAUGGUUAGCAAACUUCUCCUAAGCUUCUACUCAACAACAAAAAAAAUCCCUCAAAGGAUGAUCUUCUUCAGGCAUGGCAUAAUUGAAGGUCAAGAGAGCCACAUUUGCCAGCAAGAAAUAGAUGCUAUCAAACAGGAUUGUGCUUUUUUGGGGAAAGUACCAACACUCACAUAUGUUGUCACGCAAAGCCUUAAUAUGGAAUUUAAAGGAAAGAAAAGACUUAGAGUUCAACAAGAUACCUCUUACCCUGCUAAAUUUGAGGUCCUGUGUGACCAUGGACCUUUUGAGGGAAUCAACAUGGUGGUCCACUAUCGUGUUGUUCAUGAUGAGAACUAUCUUACAGCUCAUGAACUUGAGUCUAUAAUCAUCAGGCUCUCCCAACUCCGUGAUCGUCAGGUGUAUCCAGAAAUAUCAAUGAUACCACCUGCUCAUUUCGCCCGUCUUGUGGCACACUAUCAUAUGCACUCUGAGGCAUACGAGGGACCAUCACUGGGCGGUCUUGUGAUACAACACUAUUGACACCUAUGGCGGCAAUAUGAAAUUUCCUGAAGAUCUACCUCAAAAGUCUUAGUUAUAUAUAUUUAUCUAGCUUAAGGUUCUCUAUGUAUUAAACUAUAUAUUUAGUCCAGUAGGACAUGUGCAGGUGGUAUGCUUAUUAAUUGAACUCUGUUUAGGACACGUGUGAGGUUGUGAACUUUGGCGUCCUUGAAUCUUGUUUAUUUAUCAUGGGUAAUUUGAGCUUUUGAGAACUAGUUCAA